AGAUUCGUGAAAAUGUCGACCUUAGAGGUCCAUCUAAAUAAUAUUGCGUUGAAUAUUAGCAAUCCCGUGCACCCCGUCUGUUGGGAUGACUUUACUCGUGUCAAAGAGCACGUGCUGCAUAUUAUGCGCCUGCAGGAUUCAGACUUUCGUCAGAUAUGCCAUAAGGAUAUACUCUUUGGGAGUAUGGCGCAUGGUAUAAAAGCUUGCAUCCAUCUGGUGGAGGACAGGCAGCUUCCCGAAUAUGCGCAUCUUGACUUUUCCGCGGCCUACUACGAUAAAAGGAUUCUUGAUCGCUUAGCCAAUAAUAAUCGCAGAUUUCUGAAUCGCGCCUGCCUCCAGAAUUGGCUGCAGAAUGUCUUUGUAAAUGCGCUGGACAAGUAUGGCAACACGGUGAACGGUGCCUUGGGGAAAUACACGCUGGGCUACAAGUGGCGUGGCAUAGCCCAUACCAUUGAGGCGGUUUCGGAGUUGCGCUCAUUUUGCAUUGACUUUGUGCCGGCCGUGAAGAUUGAUCUUUCGCCCGAAACCUUGCAUGCACUACCAAAGGGCACCAGUGGUCCGGAUAAUACGAAUUGUUUCACGUUCAUAAUGAGCAAUGAGCAGGCUGAGCUGCAGAAUAUGGCACGUUUCGGUGAAAAUGUGAGAGAUGCACUGCGUCUGCUGCAAGCCUUUCGCAAAUGCCAAUGCUGCGCUGCUAUCGCUUUGUCGCCCUGGACAUUUGGCUGCCCAGGCGUCGGGGUCUCACCACUGUCGCCCAAAUGUCUGUCUCUGAGGUCUUCCUCACGUUGCUGUCUGAUCUGUGUGAUGCAUUCAAGGCGAAUCAUCUGCCCAGUGCCUGGCACUCGCAAAUUAAUCUAUUGGACACCCUAACGCCCAGCCAGAUGACGCAGUAUACCAACAAACUUCAUUUGGCCUAUCACAAGCUCAAUUCUUAUAGGUUCGAUAAAUAUCUAAGUUAUGCAACUUGUGCCAAACACUUUAAGCAGCAUUCAGCUGGCAACCUUUACAUUUACACUAUUAUUAAUAUUAUUUUGACCAA